AAGAUUUUUUUUUACCUGCAAUAUGCUCUUUAAAUAAUAAACCUGUUCUGCGGUGUUUAGACACAGCGCACGUGGAGUGUUGCCAUGACAACAGUUGAGGGAUAUUUGGAGAGAGAAUGGCAGCGGGAGUCUCAUCUGUGACAAACAUCUGUGCAACCGUAUCAAUUUGAACCGGAGUCGCAUCAGAACAAGAUGACGGCCGCAAAGAAGUUCGACACUUAAGGGUUGAGGACGUUUCUGAAUGGCCUGAUGCCACUGAAAAUGGAAAGUCAAGUAUUGAAUGAGAAGGAAGAGAAAGAUCAUGAAGACCUAACAAAAGAAAAAUAUUUUAGUUGCUCACAAACUAAAAAGACUUCCACACGAAAAAACAGCUCAGAAGACAGGAACUAGAUAUUUCACCUGUUCUCAGUGUGGAAAGAGUUUCAAUGAAAAAUGGAGUCUAAAAAUCCACAUGAGAACUCACACUGGAGAGAAGCCUUUCACCUGCCAACAGUGUGAAAAGAGUUUCACUCACAAUGAAAGACUUAAAGUCCACAUGAGAGUUCACACUAAAGAGAUCCCUUUAACCUGCCAACAGUGUGGAAAAGGUUUCUCUGGAAAGGGACACCUUAAAAGACACAUGUUAAUUCACACUGGAGAGAAGCCUUUCACCUGCAUACUGUGUGGAAAAAGUUUCUCUGAUAAAGGACAUCUUAAAGUCCACAUGAGAAGUCACACUGGAGAGAAGGAUUUCACCUGCAUACUGUGUGGAAAGAGCUUCACUCAAAAAGUACAUCUUAAAGGCCACAUGAGAAUUCACACUGGAGAGAAGCCUUACACCUGUCAACAGUGUGGAAAGAGUUUCACUCAUAAUGGAGACCUUAAAAACCACAUGAGAACUCACACUGGAGAGAAGCCUUACACUUGCCAACAGUGUGGAAAAUCGUUCACUCAAAACAAAAGCCUUAAAGUCCACAUGAUAACUCACACUGGAGAGAAGCUGUUCGCCUGCCAACAGUGUGGAAAAACGUUCACUCAAAACAAAAGCCUUAAAGUCCACGUGAGAAUUCACACUGGAGAGAUGCCUUUCACCUGCCAACAGUGUGGACAGAGUUUCAGAUUUAAAGUAACCCUCAAUUCCCACAUGAAAAUUCACUAAAGAAAGACUGUUAUAUAUGUAAUCAGUGUGGAAGGAGCUUCACUAGACAGGAAUCAUCUUUAAACAGACAACUCACACCAGAAAGAAGCCUUUCAUGUGCAAUCACUGUGGAAAGAGUUUCAGAUUCAACAGUUCCCACUGGAGAGAGCCCUUACACUUUUCUUUGGUGUGAAAAAGAGACUUGCAAACAUGAAGAACUGCUAACAUUAUAAAAAAGUUAUCGUAAUGUUACUAAGUGAAAAAAGAUAUUGAAAAAAAAUGAUAUAUGACUGAGUUAUGCAGAUUUGGGGCCCUAUUCAUUAUCUUUUUGUGUGUCUUUGGAAAAUUCUCAAAAGCUUAACUGGCUCAGCAAUUUAUAAUGGCGUCAGAAAAUAUGUAUUUGCUUCUACCUUUU